AUGAGCUUGGGCUUCUGUAGAAACUUCAAGGUGCUGGAGCUCACGCCUAAUCUGGAAUACUUGAAUAUGAUCAACUGUAGCAGGGAUUUCAACUUGGAUGCCGUGGCCACAAUGUCUCAUCUUAAGGUCUUGACGAUUCGGGACAGCUGUCUUUCAGAGCUUCAUCAUGAUCAGUUCGCUCAAAUUCCUGACUUAGAGGCUCUCGAUUUGAAGGGAAACGCUAUCGAAACAAUGAUCAAUGGAACCUUCCAACAACUUCAACAACUUGUGAAUCUAGAAUUGGCGGACAAUUCAAUUAAGUUUCUCCCGAAGGGUAUCUUUUACCCUCUACAGAAACUGGAAAAUCUUGACCUGAGUAGUAAUCAGAUUUCUAUCAUUACAGCAGAUGCCUUUUCGAGGAAUAUAAAAUUAAAUUUGCUUCGACUCAAUGGAAAUCCAUUGAUUAAUGUAGACUUCCCCAUCGGUCUACCCAAGUUAAGAUUUAAUUUCCUCGAUCUAAGUGGGUGUGGUCAGCUGGAGAAUAUAGAGUUGUACGUUGAGGUAGAUAUGUUAAUCCUGGAUAACUGUGGAGUGAAGAGAUUGCUUAGUAACAAAAGCAUCCGAAGAUUGAGAGCCGCCAACAGCAACCUAACUCACGUAGACCUGCAAGGAGCUCAAUUGGAUGGCAUAUUUCUCAGCGAAAUUCUUUGCGACUUACGAACCCUUGAAUGGAUUGAUUUGUCAAACACCUCGAUAGAAACAUCCCACGUGUCCGCAAGCAAUUUCGUCCACAGGAGGUGCCCGCUAUCCAAUAUCAGGUUCCUGAACCUGUCCAGAAAUCAAUUGGACAGUCUGCCUCUGGAAUCGCCCCUCUUCGGGCCCAGUCUUAUAUUCUUGGACCUCUCCCAUAAUAAGCUGGAGAACAUAUCAAUGGAACCCCUGAAGUCCCAAAAUCUUCAAAGUUUGCGGCUGGAAGGAAAUAAUCUGACAAGAUUUUACUAUCGCUACCUUUACGACUGGCACAGAAACCUUAAGGAGCUGGCACUUUAUGACAAUAAGUUUAGUUCUAGUUUUUACAACGAAAUUAAUGAAUAA